AUGGUUUCUGCUUCGCUUCUCUUAUCCCUCUCUUUUUUUGCCUUAUUCUCUUCCUCUCAAUCUCAAUCACAAUCUCAUAGCAAAGUCUCCUUGGAGUUGUACUAUGAAAGCUUAUGUCCUGACUGCUCCAAGUUCAUUGUCAAUCACCUUUCCAAAAUCUUCAAAGAUGACCUCAUCACCAUCGUUGACCUCAAACUUGUUCCAUGGGGUAAUGCCAUUUUCAGACACAAUGACACCUUUUACUGCCAGCAUGGACCUUAUGAGUGCUUUCUCAACACAGUUGAAGCUUGUGCCAUUAAUAUCUGGCCUCAACCGAACAAGCAUUUUCCUUUCAUCUAUUGUGUUGAGGAUUUGGCAAAACAGGGUAAGCCCGAAGAGUGGAAAUCUUGUUUUGAGAAACUACAUCUGGAUUCAAAACCUAUUACUCAGUGUUAUAAAAGUGAAUAUGGAAAAAAGCUGGAGCUUAAGUAUGCAGCUGAAACAAGUGCUCUGAGGCCUCCACACACGUAUGUUCCAUGGGUAGUUGUAGAUGGAACACCACUCAAUGAGGAUUUUCAGAACUUUAUAAGCUAUGUUUGUAAGGCUUAUAAAGGCAGUGAUCCACCUCACAGUUGCACCAAAGCAGCAGAUCUUGGAGAAGUUAAUGCAAAGCCUAAGCAUUCAGUUUGCUACAUGGAAAGAGGGGUGUCAACAAGGGAACAAGUGAUUUAG